GCCAAAUUGUUAAUACAAGUAUAGGAAUUGAAGCAGUAAUUGUUAAAAUAAAAAAGUUAUUUUCAAUUUCGUAAUAAGCUAUUCAUAUAUUUAUAUCCUCAUCUGAUUUUCAUAUCGUGUAAUUAUUAAAUCGCUAAACUAUGUUAAUCGUAUAUCGAAAAAGUGAACUAAAAUCAAUCUACUUUUACUAAUGAAGCGAGCUUUUUGUGUGUUCACCGCGCUUUUACAUGAUCAAAAGAUAACUGUGUCGAGUAUGGCGAAGCUAGUUAGUGAUUUUAAAGAGUGGAAGUUCAAAAAUCCACCAAAUUAUGCGGUUUUACCAAUAGAUGAAAGUCCAGAGUACAAUGUACCUGUUGCUGUGAAGAAUGCCGUGUUCUCCAAGGUGCCAACUGAACCUCUCCAAGGCAAGAUUCAUCUCGUGUGUGCAUCUGAUGAGGUGAUGAGUGAUAUUUUAGACUUGGACCCGAAGGUUUCAGAGACAGAAGAAUUUAUUAAUUUUGUGGCCGGAAACUAUGCACCAGAAGGAACACUGAGUGUAUCACAUAGAUAUGGUGGCUAUCAAUUUGGCAUCUGGGCUGACCAGCUGGGAGAUGGGAGGGCUCACAUUCUGGGUGAAUAUGUGAACAGUAAAGGCGAAUCCUGGCAACCCCAACUGAAAGGCUCCGGUGAGACCCCGUACUCUCGCUUCGGAGAUGGGCGCGCUGUUCUGCGAUCAUCGAUCAGAGAGAUGGUAGCUAGUGAAGCUUGCUACCACCUCGGUAUUCCUACCACUCGGGCUGCUGCGCUUGUUGUUUCUGACGAUCAUAAAGUCUGGAGAGAUAAAACCUACAGCGGAAGGGCUCGAAAAGAAAAGGCAGCCAUUGUGGUACGACUAGCGCCCACUUGGUACAGGAUAGGAUCCUUUGAAAUACUCCACAAGCGGAAAGAACCGGACUUGGAGAAGACUUUAGCUGACUUUAUUAUUAAGAAUCAUUUCCCUGAAAUCGAUGUGACUGAUGAAGAGAGAUAUGUGAAGUUUUACUCGGAAGUAGCGCACAGGAACUUGGACAUGGUAGCUACGUGGCAAGGUAUAGGCUUCACUCACGGUGUCCUUAACACAGAUAACAUAAGCAUCCUCGGUCUGACCAUAGACUACGGACCCUAUGGGUUCAUAGACCAUUACAAUGAGCACUAUGUGCCCAACUCAUCAGACGACAUGGGCAGAUACGCAUUUAACAAACAGCCAGAGAUAUUAAUAUGGAAUUUGGAGAAAUUUGCCGAAGCGUUACAGCCCAUACUGUCAGAAGAACAUCAGAAGAAGAUUAAAGAAAUCCACAAAACCCUUGAAGAAUAUGUCAAGGCGAAAAUACUGAAAACUUAUUUGAUGAAACUCGGUUUGGAAGAAAUUCAAGAUGGAGACGAAUACCUUGUGAAAGAUCUCUUACAAUUAAUGCAACAGACAACUUCAGACUUCACGGCUACUUUCCGACAACUGGCGGAGAUAGACACAGAAAAAUUAUUGGAAAGUAAAGUGUUAGAUAAAAAUUGGUCGCUAGCUAAAGUUAGCAAGGCUAAAGGAUGGGAAAAAUGGGUACAGAAAUAUAAAGAAAGAUUAGAAAAGGAAAAUGUAAGCGAGCAGUCUCGUCGUUCUCGAAUGUUGAAAGUGAACCCACUUUACGUUCCUAGGAAUUGGAUUCUACAGGAGGCCAUAGUCGAUGCUGAGAAUAAUGAUUUCCAUAAGGUCAGACUAUUAUUAAAAAUAUUCAAACAACCAUAUGAAAUAAACCAAGAGGCUGAAGAACUGGGAUACGCAGCUCAACCUCCAAGCUGGUCUUAUGGACUGAAAUUGAGUUGUUCCAGUUAAGAAAACUAUGACAUCGUAUAUAAUUUGCUUAACUGGUCAUACAUAAAUAACUUAAAGAGAAAUAAAGACACGGUGUAUUACUGUAGUAA